CUAGCCUCUUCAUUCAAAAGACUAGCCUUGACCAUCUCCAUAGUCAUCUUGCCAUCCGGAGCAGAGUUGCUAAGUGAAACCACCAAUGUAUCCCAACUGUCGGGCAAUGAGGAAAGCAACAACAAAGCUUGAAGUUCAUCCUCCAAUUUCAUCUUCAUUCCGGCUAGUUGGUUUACCACACCUUGAAACUCAUUCAUGUGAACCACAAUGCUAUCACCAUCUUUGUAUUGCAAUUUAACAAGCUUCCUAAUCAAAGAAGCUUUUCCCAUAGCAUUGUUCCUCUCGUACAUGGAUUCAAGUUUCUUCCACAUCUCAAAAGCAUUGGUUUCAUUAGCAACAUGUUGCAACACACUUAAAGAAACAUAUUGUCGGAUUGAUGCAAUAGCUUUCCGGUUCAAGGUAGUCCAAGCUUUCUCAUCAACACCUGUUGGACGUUCUUUAUACAAAAUUGGGUCAAGCAAAUCUUUAGAGCAUAAAUAAUCCUCAAUUUGAAUUUUCCAAAUUGAAUAAUUCGUAGAGUCCAAACUAACCAUUCCUUGAACAAUCACUUUGUCAUCCAUCAUAAACAACACAAGAAGCCAACCAAAAAUAAUCAAGCUCUGAUACCACUUUGUUGGGGAAGCACGGAACAAAACACAACGGAAGCGUAUAAAAUCUUUUCCCCAAAUUAAUGAGAUGAACAACAAAGCACAAUAUACUCCAAAAAACAGCAGCAGCACCACAAAUAAAUGGCAGCGAAAUAAAGUGGGGGAACUUCAUGCUCAAUCCAAUCAGCAUACUGAGAGGCUCCAAUACUAGCCAUGUGGUCAGCUGCAAAAUUUUGUUCGCGAUAUUGGUCUUACUGGGACAAAGUUAGGUUGUGGUGAAGGUGGUUGUGGGGCAUGCAUGGUCAUGGUCUCUUAUUAUGAUUUGAAUUCAAAGAAAUGCUUGUAAGUAUCAACUUUAUUUGUGCCUUCUGUGCUCUCUGUUUGUUUUUUUCAAUUACAAGCUUGUUUGGACUCCUAGGUGGAUUCUUAUUAGCUCUUGGCUGUGUGUAUAUAUUAUGUGUAAUGCACCUUGUGGAGAGAAAUAAGAAUAAAAUCUAGUCAUCGGAUCUGAUGCAUCGUGCGGCUCAGAUUGCAUCCUGCACUCAGAUUUUGAGAUAGUGCAUUUUCGAAGGUUUAUGGUGCAUUUCAACGUGAUGCAUUUUCGCACCAUUUUGGUGCAUCUAAUUUUGAUGAAAUCUUGACCCUUAGAUCUCACAAUCUA